AUUUUGAAUUAUAUUUUAGAUUCUUGGCGACAGGACUCCUAAAGGACCAUCAGAUUCAGCUUCCGAGUUGGACGGUCCACGGUGGCAGGCAUUGUCCCCUCUGUGGCACAAGCCAUUUGGGACUGUCUGGUUGGUGAAUGCAUCUCUCCCCAAGGAGGAAGAUUUGAGGGGUAUCGCUGCCAAGUUCCUGGAGAGGUGCUAUUUCCCCAACUGUCUUGGCUCCAUUGCCGGGAAACAUGUAGUAAUCCAGGCUCCACCGUGCUCAGGUUCACAAUUCUACAACUGCAAGGGUACAUAUUCAGUUGUACUCUUGGCUGUAGUAGAUGCCAUCUGCGGUUUCCGUGUUGUCAAUGUUGGUGCUUACGGCAAGGGAAGUGAUGGCGGAACCCUCUGGGACUCUGCCUUCGGCCAGGCAUUUCAGGAUGGCACCCUGGAGUUUCCACCACCUGCAUCACUCCCUGGGGCAGAAGACCUGGGACCUGUUCCCCACGUCUUCGUCGGCAACGAAGCCUUCCCUUUGCGACCCAACCUCAUGAGGCCCUACGCUGGAUGCCAGCUGCCAUUGCCAAAGCCUGUAAGGAUCUUUAACAAACAACUGUCCAGGGCAAGGUUAGUUGUUGAAUGCGCCUUUGUGAUUCUGGCAGCCCGGUGGAGAAUGUAUCGGAGAGUGCUUGGUCUCAGUCUCUCAAAUGUUGAUGCCUGUGUGAAGGCCACAUGUGUUCUCCACAACUACCUGCGGAGGUCUUUUCCAGGAGGCGCUCUGGAUGAAGAUGUGCAUGCCAAAUGGUUACCUACCUGAUGUCACCAGGGCAGGUGCCAACAACACCCCCAGACAGGCACUCCAGUUUGAAUGGGCAUGGCAGAACCCCCACUCCUCCCGACGCCUGUCCCACGUCACCCGGCGUUCAAAGAAGGAAUCCAGCCUGCAGUUCCACUGGCGUGUGGUGUCCAACAUGUUGCGGGUGAUGCCGUGGAGCCGCCUGCCCCUCACCACCCGCUGGCUCAAGCAGGAGUACAGGAUGGACUUUGAGCCUGGCCUUCAGCCGCCGCUGCACGUCCCUUUGGCCUUCGGCAGCAUCAGGGCCAGGAAACAGAAACCGAAGGAUGUGGAAGAGGAACAAGAGGAGAAGGGUGCAGAUAUAUGCCUCCUUUGUCAGGGCACUGUUAAGUCUGCAGAUAAGAUGACCUGCUUCCAUCCCUUAUGUCACAUGACCAGCCAUGUGAUUUGCUUAGCCAAACACUUUCUGACGGGUGAGGCCGCACAUCUCCUUCCUGUGGAGGGGGAGUGUCCCGGUUGCCAUCACUCAGUACUGUGGGGGAGUCUGAUUCGCCACAAGAAUGGCUGUUACGGAGACCUGGAGAAGAACACAUCCUCAUCCCAAAACCAUUGGACAGAUGAACUGCAGUUAUAAUCUGAAUGUGAUCAGUCAUAACCUUCCUAAUAUGAACUUUGAACUGCUACCGAGUCACCAUGACUGUACAGAGAAAAGACUGUGAAGAUAGGAUGAAAUACAGUAGAUCAAUGACUAGCAAGUUACUCUUUAAUGGACUUCCUGCAACAGCAAAGGGUUGAUCAAUUGAUUGAUCCAUCAGAAGAUUUAAUGAAUGCACAAAAAUCAUGCUGAUCUGGUGUGAAAAAUGUUUUUAAUGCAGCAUCUGAACCCUUUUUAGAUUGUAUCUGUUAACUAAAAAACAAUCAUGAAUAAGGCAGUUUUAAAUGUGUGUGUAAAACCUAUAUGUAUUGUAUGUACAACCAAUAAAACAUAGAUGCUUUGUUUUGGAGCCAAGGAAAGCACACGUUUUUGACCCUGA